AUGCUUUCUCUAGGACUCAACAAGCCUGCUGUAUGGUGUAAACCACUGAGGAUGGCAUCCCGUCGCUUGGUUUCCACCGUCAAAUCUAGUGCUGCUGAAGAACACCAGAUUUUGAUGGCCCAGCGGAAAAAUAGACCCGUUUCUCCUCAUCUGACCAUCUACCAGCCACAACUCACAUGGUACUUGUCUUCGCUGCACCGUGUCACCGGGGUGCUUCUCGGGCUUGGCUUUUUCACCGCAACUAUCGCAUUCGGCGUUUCCACCGCUUUCGGACUAGGGCUCACCACUAAUAACUUGGCCAAAUGGUACCAUGAAAAGGUCCCCACAUGGGCCGAUUGGACCGCCAAGGCUUCUGGUGCUUACUUCUUUGCUUUCCACUUCUCUAACGGUAUCCGUCAUUUGAUCUGGGACACAGGUCGCGCCAUGAGUCUCAAGGGUGUGUACACUACUGGUUACACCGUGCUGGCCUUCACAGCCGUUGUUGGCACAAGUUUACUUCUACGUUAA